AUGCGCAAGGAGUUCUUGCGAGAGACGAAGCUUCUGUUCAGCAUGUCUCACCUCAACGUCGUUCGCCUUGUCGGCGCCAUCCUGUCGGACGAGCAUGGAGACCCUUGCGAGCAAGAGGCUCGAGGGCGUGCGGUGAUCCAAGGGCUGGCGAACGGGCUUGCGUACCUGCAUUUGCUCGGCAUGGUACACGGAGACUUGCAGCCGAAAAAUGUGAUGGUUGAGGCUGACGACAUGGCGAAGCUCGUGGGGUUUGAGCUCCACAAGACAAGGCAGCUGAUCGCGAGGGCGACAGGGUCGGUGAAGCAAGGAGACUUGUGCUGGAUGUCCCCAAAGCAAAGGACGGGAGGGACUGCGAGCUUUGCGUCGGAUGUGUACUCCCUCGGUCUUGUCAUGAUGUAUGUGAUG